AUAAUUUUCAGAAUAUGCUUACACUUUUUAACUUACUCACAGCUACACUGUUGGGGGGAAAAAAUCCCUGUGCCUACUUGAAAUUCAACUUGGACCACUCUUUUGUUAAAAUCUGGUAUGAUGCCACCUCAUCUAUACUAAAUAAUGAUAUUCUCUCAGAAAUUCUCUUGUCCCUACUGGCAGAAGUCCAGAACAUACCCUUCUGCUUGUAUCUGAAGAAUGCCAGCUUUUUGGAUGAGACAUGGGAAAUGGGGGAGUACAGAGAUUAUGAGUUUGUUCCUUGUGAUGUUCUAGGUGUUCAUCUUCAUUAUGUGAACACACACCUUAUUGUAACAGACAUCGAUCCUGAAAGUGUUGCAGCUGAGGAUGGGAAAGUAUGCAUUGGAGAUGUCAUGGACGAAUUGUACACCGAAAGUCUCCGGGGAUCCAAGAGAGGAAAGGUUAGAGAAUUGUUCCAGAUUUACAAAGGCAUGCCAGUCUAUGUCAGCUUUGUGAAGGGACGCUUGCCAAAUGGCCAGAUCUAUAGGCCAAUUGCUCACCUACUACGGCAAAUAGACUUUGACUUUGGUCGAGUAGGCACAUCUCAAGAGAUGCAACCAGAUGCUUUGAAGAGCAUCCGGAAGCCUGCCCAUGCACUGCUGCCAGAGGAGGAGCAAGACGAGAUCCCUGUGCAUGGUCCAGAUGGAAAGGCAGAGUAUACAGUCGUCUACCGAGGAGUGUAUCCCCUUGGAGAGGAUGGAAGGGUAGACAGAAUCCAUGAUUCAAUCGAGAGUGUCAUAACAAAUAGAGAACACAAGAAACAGGUAGUGAAGAUUCACACAACAGAGACAGGUGUGGAGGUUAGGCGACUUUCCGACAAUGAGCUUCUGCUGAACCAUUCUUACACAGAAGUGUCGGCUUGUGGCCGGAGAACAGACAUGCUCUUGUAUUUUGCUUACAUUGCAGGGGAAACAACUUGUAACAUGGCCAAGGAUUUCAAAUGUUAUGUUUUUGAAAGUGAAGAUCAAGGAGAGGCAAAGAUUAUCCUGUGUAGUAUUGCACAAGGCUUUGAAAGAACACACUGGUUCUUAUAA